UCAAGAAGUGAAAGUUCUGUCAUCGUGUCUGCAAAGUGUUUUUUUUUCUUCUCGUGAAAAUAUCAAAUGAAAUCGUUCUUUCGAGGCGAUUUUCACAUAAUAUGAUACGUAAGAGUGAAAAAUCGCCUGUGUGGAAAAUCAUCAAGAGAGGAAUAGGCAUUGGAAUAGCUGCAGAAGUGGCCUUUCUCGUUGGUUCUUAUGCUGUGUGGCAUCGCAUGAACACAAAUAGUGAUUUUCGAAAGUACAUGCACGAGAAUUAUCCGUACUUCCUGGAAGGAUUCUACAGAGUUGGUGAACUUUUGGGCAAAGGAGCUGAAAUUCGUCAAUUGGACGCUACUCAGUGGAAUAACAGGAGUGAGGUGAAGAAGGACUGGUGAGUUGAAAAAACUAGU